CAAAUGGACCAAAUCCCCCCCGCGGGCCCCGCAGGGGGGUACCCAGUAGGACCCCCGCGGGGGUGCAACCGGGUGAUGGCGGUGGUAACUGAGGUGCUUGGCUCCGUUGGCGACGUUGCCAGCCUCGGGCUGAACAGCAAUAGCGUUGAUCUCGACCUCUUUGAGGGUGCUGCUGCUGCCACCGCUCUUGACCUGCAACCCAACUUCGAAGAGCGCGGCCGAAGCUCGAGCGUUGACAUCCGAAAGCUGUGCCUGUGGUUUUUUGGCGCCCCAGGGCGGAGCGAAGGACGGAGCUGAGUUCCAGUGCGUAUCGAUGCGGCGUAAGCAGCGUUACGAUUGCCACCGAGUGACAGAGGCAAAGAGUACCUGAAAGAGCUCGAUGCCGAUUACAUUAGAGCCGGGUGGUGCGAUGCACAUGCAAGCAGAGUGUGACCCCGUCACAUGCAAGUUACAUGGGAUAUGUUGGACGCAUAUCUGUUCUCCCGUCUUCCACAGCACCGUAAAUGAAUUGUUUCGAGGUCGAUUCCGAGCAUACUGGAAUUCACUC